AUGGCCAGAACCAAGCAAACCGCUCGCAAAUCCACCGGUGGCAAAGCCCCCAGGAAGCAGCUUGCCACUAAGGCUGCUCGCAAGAGCACCCCGGCCACUGGCGGUGUGAAGAAGCCUCACCGUUACAGGCCCGGCACCGUGGCUCUGAGAGAGAUCCGUCGUUACCAGAAGUCCACUGAACUGCUCAUCCGCAAGCUGCCCUUGCAGCGCCUGGUGAGAGAAAUCUCCCAGGACUUCAAGACCGACCUGCGCUUCCAGAGCUCCGCCGUGAUGGCCCUGCAGGAGGCUAGCGAGGCUUACCUGGUCGGCCUGUUCGAGGACAGCAACCUGUGCGCCAUCCACGCCAAGCCGGUGACCAUCAUGCCCAAGGACAUCCAGCUGGCCCGCCGAAUUCGCGGAGUGGUGGAGGUGCGCACUCCUGCUGUUGAAACCACGGACGAGAACAGAGACAUCCUGGUGGGAGAUUGGGUGAGAGUGAAGGUGCAUUCCAGGAAGUGGACGGAGCCAAGGAAGUCAGUGGUAGGAGUGGUGCGGGUGUCAGGAGUGAUGCCGUUGUUGCCGGCCCAGGAUGAUGUGGGUGACUCUGCCACGGACUCUGAGACCAACAAGAUGAAGGGGCGCGCCAUGGCCAGAACCAAGCAAACCGCUAGCAAAUCCACCGGUGGCAAAGCCCCCAGGAAGCAGCUCGCCACUAAGGCUGCUCGCAAGAGCGCCCCGGCCACAGGCGGUGUGAAGAAGCCUCACCGUUACAGGCCCGGCACCGUGGCUCUGAGAGAGAUCCGUCGUUACCAGAAGUCCACUGAACUGUUCAUCCGCAAGCUGCCCUUACAGCGCCUGGUGAGAGAAAUCACCCAGGACUUCAAGACCGACCUGCGCUUCCAGAGCUCCGCCGUGAUGGCCCUGCAGGAGGCUAGCGAGGCUUACCUGGUCGGCCUGUUCGAGGACACCAACCUGUGCGCCAUCCACGCCAAGCGGGUGACCAUCAUGCCCAAGGACAUCCAGCUAGCCCGCCGUAUUCGCGGAGAGCGCGCAUAA